UUUACUGUAGCUAUGGUGAAAAAUAUUGUAGUUGUCAUUGUUUGGGUCAUCAUCAGCUUCAUCAGUUGGGCGUUGAUCACAACACACUUCAAAAAUCCAAUGUUUUACGAGAAUCCCCGUUACAUUCUGUUCAUUCAUAUGGUUAUUAAUGACAUGCUCCAGUUGACCCUGGCAGUGAUUCUAUAUGUUAUUAGUUAUGUAUUUUACACAAUAAAAGUUUAUUUCUGCUGUUUUCUUGUACUACUGGCUGUGUUUGCCACAAUGGUCACUCCACUGAACCUUGCCGCCAUGGCUGUUGAGCGCUACAUCGCCAUCUGCAAUCCCCUGCGUCAUUCUCAGAUUUGCACAGUACGGCGGACUAACCUGCUCAUUGCACUAAUUUGGGCGGCUGCUGUCUGUCCCCUUAUUCCUGAUUUAUUUGUAUCUCUGGCAAUAGAACCCGUCAGCUUCUUUCAGUCCUCUGUGUUUUGCAACCGAGAAAAUAUUUUUAAAGCUCCUUAUUUAUUCUAUAAAAGACCGAUAUUAGAUGCAUUGUACUUCUCUUUUGUUACUUUGACUCUACUGUACACUUAUAUAAGAAUUGUGUUUGAAGCUAAGGGAGCCACCGCUGACAAAUCAUCUGCCACUAAAGCUCACAACACAAUCCUGCUGCAUGGAUUUCAGCUUCUCAUGUGUUUACUUACAUAUGUAAUUUACCCUAUUGAAAUUGCCCUGCUGUACAUAUUUCCAGACAGACUCCCAGAUGUUCGCUACUCAACAUAUCUGACCGUAUAUAUUUUACCCAGGUUUCUCAGUCCUAUCAUCUAUGGUGUGAGAGACACAGCAUUUAGAAAAUACUUGAAAAAAUACCUUGUGUGUCAUAUUAAAAGACCUAAGGUGGGGACACUGAGUUUCAUGAGGUGA